CUUCAGUCAAAAUCGCCUGUCUAAACAUAGACAGAACCGUCUGCCUAUUUUUUCUUUUAUGUCGAUAAAGUCUGAGAACUAACGUCACUUCACACUUUUCUGAUAACGUUGUCAUCGGCCUUUGUAUACUUUUUUACACUUUUUUUCUUUUUUAUAAAAUGUCUAAUUGGCCCUAUUACGCGCCCUUCGAGGUGGUGAUUCACAACAAACCGAACGACUGCUGGGUGUCCUUCCUGGGAAAGGUAUUCGACAUUACGCCUUUGAUAAAGGAAUAUAUGAACAAAAGAUGUAUCCGUCCCUUAUUGGCGAUGGCAGGUAAAGACAUUAGCCAUUGGUUCGACGAGAAGACAGGCGAUAUCCAGUACUACGUGCAUCCCGAGACUGGAUGCAAGGUGCCCUAUUGUCCUCAUGGCCCUAUUCCUGACGUACCAGUCCAGGUGCCUUCGACAGAAUGGAGACCAUUGGAUGGCAAACCUUGGUGGCAUGAUGACAAAUACCAGGUUGGACUUCUGACGAAACGGGUUCGCCCUAUACGAAUCAUCAACAUGAUUUGUCCCUUUGCUAAAGAGGUGAUGAUAAAUGUUUGCUGUGAAGACACUUUCUACAGGAUUCAAGAAAGAUAUUCGAUAUUCAACAGUGACGCUGAUAGCUACACCUGGAGGCACUAUUUCUUCAUACAUGAGCAAAAACAUCAACAUGAACAAAACGAUGGAAGAAAACGGUAUCCCAGAUGAAAGGGACCUCUUCACAGAGCUUGGGAUGCCUCAGACUUACUACGUACCAAGUGUGUUUUUGUAUUACAACGAUGACUUAAAAUACUUUGAUUUUGAUGAGGAAGAAUGUCAACCUGUGGAUUUUGACGCUGUAUAAAAUAAUGUCAAUACAUUAUUACUAUCUA